GCUGCGCUGCGCGUCAGCGUGUCCAAGCGCCUGGAGCAGCUGCGCGAGGAGCUGGAGCCGGAGGAGCUUGGCAGCGAGGCCGGCACCAGUGCCAACAUGGGCGCGAUCGGCCGGCCGGCCGGCGGCCGAGCCAGCAACGGCAGCAGCGCGAGGCGGCGCAGCGGCGGCAGCGGCGGCAGCGGCGGCAGGCGAGGCGGGGGUUGA